GCUGCUGUACCAGCAGAGUAUUAGAGCUGGAAGGGCCUGAGAAAGAGGUCACGCAGCCCUUUCCCUGGCUCUGUCCGGCUCCCAACACUGGCCUUUGAUCUUGCUGGCCCCACCGCAGGCUGGGCAGCAGCAGCCUCCCAUUAAGGGGGAGGCCAGCCCUUAAUUGUUACACUCUUCAAGGAUUAUGAAGUCAGCUCAUUGCACCCCCAUCCCACCCAAACUGUUAGUCCACUGCGCCCACAGUUUCUCUCUGCUUCCUGUCAGCUUGGUUGUCCUGCACAGUGACGGCCGUGGUCCCAAACCAACCAGAUGGCAUCAAAGGCGCUCUAUCAAGUGGGAGACGGGGAGGAGACCACGCUGAAAAAGGAAAACCUCAAUGUUCUGAAUGCACUCGAUCAAAUGCAGAUGCCCUUUCCAAACCCCAAGUCUAUGAACCAGAUCGUCACUACCAAAGGACUCCCACUCUCCUCAAGGGGCAGUUUGGUUAAAUUCAUGGAGGAAGAUACCAUCAAUAUACCGAAGCCGGUGCCAGUGGAGGAUUCCGAAUGCAGCUCUGAUGACACCAGCAUCUCUCCCAUCUCAUCCACCUUGUUGAACCCCAUCAAACUGGCCGUCACCCAGCCCAACAGCAGCUUCUUUGCAGGGAUGCUGGAGGGGGAGCUGAAGAGACUCAGUUUUUCUUCACUGGCCAAGAAUGUAGAAAAGAGGGACCUAGCCCUCUGCACCCGCCAAUCUCAGGGCCAGAUGGUCCCUGGAGGCCUGCUGGACCUUGACAACCCUGAGCUAGACACAGACACCUCCUCAACACCCUCUGAGUCCUCCGUGGUUGUGGACGUGCCUGAAGCACCCUUCAUCUGUGAACACACCGUCAGUGACUCCACAGCUGUGAUUUCCUGGACCUACGCCUUGGGCAAGCAGCAGGUCAGUUUCUACCAGGUCCUGCUGCAGGAGGUGGCCAAGAUAAAGGACAAUGAGCUGCCCAAGAUAAAGAAUCGCCCGUGGAUCUUCAACAAGAUCUUGGGCACCACUGUCAAGCUCAUGGAGUUGAAGCCUAACACCAGUUACUGCCUCACUGUCCGCGCAGCCAACACAGCUGGGGUGGGGAAGUGGUGCAAGCCGUACAAAUUUGCAACUGUGGCCACUGACUUGAACAGCUUCCCCGAGAGCAACCCCAUUCAAAUCACUGUGCAACGCAGGGAACCCCAACGGAAAACUGUGACCAUUGGGCUCAAUGAGAUGCGGAGGCUAGAGGAUCUUGAGUAUCUAUUUCCCUACUAAGGGAGAGGACCCCAGGAAGCCCCCCAGCUACCUUCAGCUCUGGCCCAGGGCCCUUGGGAACCAGCACCAUGAGAUGUACCACCAGCACCAUGCCAGGGAACCACUGACUACCCUGUCAGCCCAGGCCCUGGCAGCAGUGGUACCACAACUCCAACCCUGGGCUGGGGCCAAGGCCAGAUAGGAGCCCCAUUCACCUGGGGACAUCUCAGGCUAGCCAGGCCCAGCCACUGCCCAUAGCUGCUAGUCUCCCUGUUCCCCGUAUCUGGGCUGGGUCCAGGUUCCUCAUUAAAGAACUGCAGGUCACCCAGCACCCCUCCAUUUGCUUCAUGCCGUGGACAGUCUCAGCUGGGCCAGCAGCCACCCAUCUUCCUAAUUUUGCCAGGACCAAGAGUCCAGGUGGGUGGGUAGGUGGAAAACAAGGGUGGCCAGGCAACAGGAGGCGAUCACAACCAGCUGCUUGGCUCUGCCAACAUCAUCCUUUUCCCCUUGGGAGAGGGACUGGCACACAAAGGCUCAAGCACUUAUACCGGGAAAAACAGUGAUUUUGGACAGAGCUAAUGGCAGCCCGUAGACUGUCAGUGCAGGAAAUGAGCUCUGGAGGACUUGUGAAAGUGUACAAGCUUUUGGGACAGGAUCUAGGUCGAAUCCUAGCUCUUAGUCAUUAAGUCAACUCCCUGUAUGUUGGAGUAGAACUACACUCCAUAGGGAUUUGGGGCAAAUUUGGGGCUUCAUGGGCUGUUUCCUCAUCAAAAAAAAAAAAAAAAUGUGAGAAC